AUGUCACUGGAGGAGAAGUUGGCAAAGAUAAAGUCACCUAACCUUCAGAGUCAACAACAUACCGCGGUCGUUUUGUCCUCGAUCGAGGAAACUCUCCGCGAACAGAAAACGAAAUUCACCGCCACUGCAUAUUUUGCUGCCCUCCUUGCUCUCCUCAAACAGUGUUCCGCGGCGGAUGGAAACGGCAGCGACAAUGAGGUCGUGGUGUCCAGCAUCUACCUCCUCGAUAUCGUUACUUCCUACGUCCCUCCGAGCCUCCUGCGGUCGCAGUUUAGCACUAUUUUAUCGCUCAUCGCGCCCUAUCUGGAGACUUCGUCGAGCAAUGCACCUCUAAUACGCUCUGCCAUUGGGUGUCUUGAGUCUUUACUGAUUGCCCAGGACUCAGCAGCAUGGAGUCUGCCGCAAAAUCAAACAAGUCCCCGACAGGCAAUUAUGGCGCUCCUCGCCUUGACUAUUGACGCGAGACCAAAGAUAAGGAAACGGGCGCAGACAGGGUUGACAAACAUCUUGAAAAACCCUCCACCAGGUCCUGCAAUCGACCAUCCAGCCGCCGAGCUCUGCGCAGUGGCAUCUCAGAAUAAUCUGAAAACUGCGGUUGAUACAGUGACUCGAGCUCGGCGCCACAAAGGAAGACCGGAUGAAAGUCACGAACCGGCCGUGAUUCAUGCCCUUCAACUCACAAAGACCGUUGCUUUGGCAUCAGGUGGAUGGCCCAGUAAAAAGAUCGAAUCACUUUGCGAACUCUUGCUGUCUAUAUCGCGCUCAAGGAACGACUAUCUGGUCAUGAGUGCGUUCGAAGUUUUCGAGGUGAUAUUCGAAUCAAUGCAAGAUGAAGUUGCGUCCUCCAAGCUACCGCGGCUUCUUGAGGCGAUCGUCGAAUUGAAACCUGCCCAGAACGACUCACAGCUUCUACCUCCCUGGAUAGCCAUAUUGUCACGGGGAUAUGGCACAGCAGCAGUUGUCGCGCCUGAGGAUACCUUUGUAGGGCUGCCCGAGCUUUUCGACUUGGUAGCAUCCUUCCUGACAAGUCCAUCCCACAAUAUCAGAGUCUCAGCAUCGGAAUGCCUCAUUUCAUUUUUUGCCAAUUGCAUUCCGGAUAGCGUCAUCGCAGAACCAUCGAUAUAUGAUGAGAAAUUGCUCGAAAAGAUCUCGGUCAAGGCUCUUGGCCUUCUGGCAGUCAAAUAUCAGACUGCUUGGAUGGAGGUGUUCAAAACUCUUUCCGCCCUUUUUGACGCUCUUCGGUGGCGAGGCGAUCCGUUUUUGCUUGGUAUCGUCAAAGCAAUUGGCGAACUCAGAAGCAACGAUGGUUUCCAGGGCAAGCAAGAAGCAGAUGAGGUCCUUGGACAUGCAAUUCGCAAUCUCGGACCUGGUGCGGUCUUGAGCGUGCUUCCCCUUAACCUGAUCAAACCACGGCCCGGUCACCCUGGACGGGCUUGGCUCCUUCCGCUCUUGCGAGACUAUGUGUCCAACACGAAUCUGGGGCACUUCAAAUCCGAGUUGGUUCCUCUGAGCGAAGCUAUGUAUCAACGCGUCAUUGAUCAUGGCAACGCCGCGAAGACAAUGGACAUCAAAGUCUAUGAGACUGUUGUUCAACAAGUUUGGGCUACUCUACCGGGCUAUUGCGAUCUGCCGUUGGACUUGGUAACGGCCUUCGAUCAGUCCUUUGCCGAACUUGUCUCGAACUUGCUCUACAAGCAGACAGAAUUGCGUGUGAACCUCUGCCGGGGGCUACAAAACUUGGUCGAGUCAAACCAGGCACUCCUGGCUUCAGACCUUCCUGACGAGGUCCUGUCGCUGGAACGACGGAUCCAACGAGCAGAUGCAGAGAAGAAUAUUCAGCAUCUGGCUCAAUUCGCCAACAAUCUUCUGGCGGUGUUAUUCAACGUCUAUAGUCAGACACUACCUCAGUCCCGAGCGUACAUACUACAAUGCAUCAACAGCUACCUCAGCAUUACUCCGGAGAAGGACUUGGUGGAGACAUUUCAGAGAGUAUCAUCAAUGUUAACGGAGGCUUUACCGAAGGCAAAUCAACCGCCACCAAAGAAAGAACAGAACCAAUCUUCCGCCAGCAAACUUCCUCCGACCUCUCACACUUUACUUGAUCUUGUCAUAGCGCUCUCUGUCCACCUGCCUCGAUCAGUAUUUGCUGACUUGUUCUCUAUCUCCUCAAACAUCCUCACCAAUCCAGCAAUCCUAAAGUCAGAUCCACAGCUGAUUAAGAAAGCCUACAAGCUGAUUCCUAGGCUAGCCACUUCGAAGACAGGGGUAGAGGCACUUACAUCUCGAAGUCAGGAAUUGCAACAAUUAAUCCUCCGAACUUCAGAGACCACACCAGUUCCUGCGCGCAGAGAUCGCGUUGUCGCGGUGCAGACGCUGAUCUCCUUCCUUCCACCAACAGACCUGCACUUUAUUCCCAGCAUCCUAAGUGAAGUGGUGCUGGCAUGUAAAGACACCAACGAAAAGGCCCGAAGCGCAGGCUUUGAGCUCCUAAUCGCCGUCACAAACAAGAUUUCCGAUCCAUCAAACCCACCGGGCACGGUGAUUCGAAACAGUUUGGUGCCGCACAUGGCGGAUGACUCGCCCGACGCGCCUGCUAAUCUCGAGGAGGUCUUCACGAUGGUUAGUGCUGGACUCGCAGGGGUGGCUCCGCACAUGGUUGCCGCCAGUGUCAUCGCGCUCAGUCGGUUACUUUUCGAAUAUCACAGCCAACUGGCUGAUAAGACAAAAGAAGAACUCGUCGACACAGUCACCAUGUUCCUGCAAUCUAACAAUCGCGAGAUUGUACGGGCGGUGCUCGGGUUUGUCAAAGUGAUGGUGGUAGUUCUCCCUACCGAAAUGUUGGAACCGAGGAUGCCUUCCAUAGUGCCCGGUCUCAUGGUGUGGAGUAAAGAGAACAAAGGCCGCUUGAGAGCCAAAGUUAAGGGGAUCUUGGAUCGCUGCUUGAGGCGCUUCGAUGGCUCCAAGCUUGAAAGCUGGGUCGGUGGCGAUGAUCGGAAGAUGGUGGCGAAUAUUCGCAAACGACGAGAGCGUGCCAGGCGCAAGCGGAAUGGCACAGAAGCAGAUGAAGAUGAUGAGGAUGCAGAGCAACCUGCCACCAAGAGAUACGACAAUGAAUUCGAUGAGGCGGUCUACGGUUCAGAAGACGACGACUCGGAGAAUGAAGGUGCGGACAAUUCCGAAUCCGAUGGCGACGAUACUAUGUCUGGUGUCUCAUUCAAGGACUCUGGCGCGAAGAGACGCAACGAGCAAUACAUUCGACAAGAGGACGAGGAUGACGAGCCGCUUGAUCUGCUGGACCCAGGGAGCCUGGCGAGCAUCUCCACGAGAAGGCUUGGCCGGUUGCGGAACACAAGGAAAACGAAAGCCAAGGUCAACGAGGACGGCAAGCUGAUUUUCGGCGGGCAGGAUGAUGAAGCAGCAGACGGAGAUGUCGACAUGUCCAUAUCGGGAUCUGCUGGACAUGGACAAGACAGCUCCAUCAACGCGUACCUUGACGCCGUGUCGGGCGCAGAUGCUGUCCGGCGCGGCCAGAAGGGCAGACUCAAGGUCAAAUCCGGCAUGCAGAAGAAAUCUCGGCAAGAAUCUAGAGAUAGAGACCGGGACGAUGACGGAAUGGAUCUUGACGUCGACGAGGCAAGAGAGGUCGCCCGACGGAUCAUGCAGGGCACAGCAUCGGCCAGUCCCAAGUCUGCCGGGGGAGUGGCGGGUAAAAAGAAUGAUGCCAAACACCAACGACGUGGAUUGGGCGUGGAAAAAAAUCGGGAUCAGCACCCGGCUCAGAAGGGCAAGUUCCGUGGGGGGAGCGGUGUCGCGAAACGUGGCAAAGGCCCAAACGUGCGAUUUGCAUCGAGACGAGGUGGAAGGCGGUAA